GCAGUCAUAUGACUCCUCCGCUCCACAAAAUCUGGGUUUGUGAAGGGUAUUUCAUGCUGUCUAUAUAAAGAACUGCUCCUCAACAUCCCCGGCAGUGUGUGUGCCGUGGUGGUGUCUAACCUGCUUGUCCCUGUUUUGCUGUUCAGACAGAUGAAGAUGGAGAUGGAUGACUGCAGGAACAAGCUGUCGGAGGUGGAGAAGGAGCUCCUGAGGCUGAGAAGAGACAGCAACACCAAAGCCAGCCAGCUCGACCUGCUCGAGUGUACCCUGCAAGAAACACGGGGACAGCUGGAGAAGAAGUCUGAUCUCGUGGUAGACCUGGAGGAGAAGCUUCAUCGCAGCGAGGCUGACCGGCGCAACUCCCUGCAGAGGACCCAGCUGCUGGAGGACCAGCUGAUGAAGGUGCGGGGGGAGCUGGUGGACACCAUGGGGCAGCUCCAGGAGCUGAGUGACGUGCUGCAGAAGACACAGCUCUCCGCCGGGGAGAAGGAAGCAGUCAUGGAGAUGCUUGCCACAGAGCUGAGGUGAGUCUGAGCCCGGUUCAGGACCCCCAGCACUGAACAACUGCACACACAACAUCAGGACUUGUGACCUGAUUGUCUUCUCCAUUGCAUCUCCUGCUGUCCUCUCUGCACCUCACCACUGUGGACCUGACCCUGCCUCCAGCUCCUUCACCUGUAAAUCACACUGCCCUCACUGGGAACUGAUUCAGAGCUGUAUUUUCUGAGCACUGAUUCUGUAACCUGCUUUUUGUUGUCUCUUUAAAGAAAGAUUGUCCUCCUAAGUAAACUCUGUAUACAAGAGAAAAUUAUA